GCUGAUUCGAGAAGGUGUGAAGGAGACUACUCUAUAACACAGAAGGAGAUUGUUGAUCUCCAGAAACAGGUAAUGGGGAGAGCAUCACAAACCUAUUUAGUUUUGAACCACAUUGGAUUGUAACUCAUUAUUUUUUCAUAUUAAUGCCUGUCUACACUUCUCUUACUAAUAAGUUAAUAUCGUAGGUAACGAUCAUUAUAAUGGAAUGAAGAGAUGUACAACUUCAUUGUGGAUCUGUGGGUAAUGAUUAUGCUGAUUACAAUACCACUUUUCCUGUUGUUGAAUUAAAUGCUGACUCUGAUGUUGAAAACGUUAUUUCUGGAAGGCUGCAUGACAUCUGUUACAGGUCUGAACAACAAUGAAUAUCAGAUAGCAAGAGGACAGGUACUGAACCGCAAUACAAGAUUGGACAAGACUUGCAAUUUUGUGAAGGAUGCGCACCAGUGGGUCCCACUUGGAGAAGUUGGUGCACAUGAGAUGCCAGUUGCAGCAAGGGAGGGUUGCAGACAACUACAGGCCAUGUCUCCACAAGACAGGAGUAAAAUUUUGCUGAGCAUAGCUGAUGCCCUGGGAGAAAAUGAAAGACUGAUCGCCAUAGAAAAUGAAGCUGACGUUGCUGUUGCAUAUCUGGCUGGCUAUGAACAAUCAUUGAUUGCUCGGCUGACUCUAAAGCCUGAAAAAAUUUCAAGUCUUGCAAACUCAAUUCGUGUGCUUGCAAACAUGGAAGAGCCAAUUGGUCGUGUUUUGAAGAAAACUAAGGUACUGAAAUGGAAUUUUGAGGAUUUAAUUUAUUCAGACUUUGGGUAUUUUGAUAAGGGAAAG